AUGAAUGACUGCAUAAUAGUCAGUUUACUUGGACGACCAAGUUCCUUACCUCGUCUCAUCGAAGGGAAACAUCGAGAACGUAAUUCUUUUAUUGAUAAUAUACAUUCUAUGAUGUUAGAGAAUGAUGCCGAUAAUACAAUAUGCCGAGAAAAUUUACUUUAUAAUCCAUAUGAUUGCUAUUUUCAUUACCGUUUACAGCUUAUUAGAAAGUUAUGCCGUUAUAAUGCAAUUACAUUCACUCUCACUUAUUUAAUAACGGAUCAAUCAACUGAUACAAAUGAUUAUGCAACAUGCAACUAUGAAAAAUGCGCUAUCAAGCAAUUUAAUUGGGAUUCAUUUGAAUACUUGACAUUGGAACAAAAAUGGGUAUGGUCAAUGGCAACGUUUAUUGCCGCGCUUGGAGAUUCAGUAGGAAUGUGGCUUGGUCUAUCAAUAUUCGGUCUAAUACAGGCUUGCGUAUUCAAACAGUACAAAUUAGACGGUCCUUAA